AUGGCGCAGCAAAUCACAUUCACAAGCCCCACCGCGGCCGUCCACGAGAGCGACACCAUCCAGCUCUUUGAGCAGGCCAUCGACAGCAACGUCCGUGAGGCCCUUGACGACCCGAACACGCGAAACACUCCAAUGGUCAACCUCGGCUAG